AUGCUCCCGCACUUCUUGCUGCUCUUCCUCCUCCACACGGGGGAAGCCACGGAACGUCCCGAGGGCCGGGGCGACGAGCAGAGCCUGGCCAUGGCCCUGGCUGUGCCCAACGCGUCGCGCUUCUUUUGGAACAACUACACCUUCUCGGACUGGCAGAACUUCGUGGGCAGGAGGCGCUACGGGGCCGAGUCCCAGAACCCCACGGUCAAAGCCCUGCUCAUCGUGGCUUACUCCUUUAUAAUCGUCUUCUCGCUCUUUGGCAACGUGCUAGUGUGCCAUGUCAUCUUCAAAAACCAGCGGAUGCACUCCGCCACCAGCCUUUUCAUUGUCAACCUGGCGGUCGCAGACCUCAUGAUCACCCUGCUCAACACCCCGUUCACGCUGGUUCGAUUUGUGAACAGCACAUGGGUGUUUGGGAAGGGAAUGUGCCACAUCAGCCGCUUUGCCCAGUACUGCUCCCUGCAUGUCUCUGCUUUGACACUGACGGCCAUUGCUGUGGACCGCCACCAGGUUAUUAUGCAUCCAUUAAAACCCCGGAUUUCCAUCACUAAAGGUGUCAUCUACAUUGCUGUGAUCUGGAUCAUGGCUACCUUCUUUUCGCUCCCGCAUGCCAUCUGCCAGAAGUUGUUUACCUUCAAGUACAGUGAGGACAUUGUACGCUCACUAUGCCUGCCAGACUUCCCUGAACCAGCUGACCUCUUUUGGAAAUACCUGGACCUGGCCACCUUUAUUCUGCUUUACAUCCUCCCCCUCUUCAUCAUCUCGGUGGCCUAUACCCGCGUGGCCAAGAAGCUGUGGCUGUGUAAUACCAUUGGUGAUGUGACCACAGAACAGUAUCUUGCUCUGCGGCGCAAGAAGAAGAAGACCAUUAAGAUGCUAAUGCUGGUGGUUGUCCUCUUUGCCCUCUGCUGGUUUCCCCUCAAUUGCUACGUCCUUCUUCUCUCCAGCAAGGUCAUCCACACCAACAAUGCUCUCUACUUUGCUUUCCACUGGUUUGCCAUGAGCAGCACCUGCUACAACCCCUUCAUCUAUUGCUGGCUGAAUGAGAACUUCAGGGUUGAGCUAAAGGCAUUACUGAGCAUGUGUCAAAGACCUCCGGAGCCCCAGGAAGAAAGAAUGCCCUCCCCAGUCCCUUCCUUCAGGGUGGCUUGGACAGAGAAGAGCAAUGGUCGGAGGGUUUUGCUAGCCAAUAACCUCUUGCCCUCCACCCAGCUCCAGUCUUGGAAGACAGACCUGUCAUCGGUGGAACCCAUUGUGGCAAUGAAUUAG